CCCAGGCCCUUCUCCAAAGAUGAAUGCCUUAACCAAUAACAAUGUGGUAACACUUGGAAGUCUCUUGGCUCAAGAUUUACCCCAGGCCUACAUACUUCCUGAAAGACCAUCAACAUUCAACCACAAAGCAAGUUUCGUAAACAGUAGGAGUUACCUCAUCCAUGACUAUUCUCCUAAUAUGACCGCUGAUCACAGAUACCUGAAGGCGAUGAGAGCAUGCCCUGUGGCUGGUAGUGAUCUUCCAAUUUUACUGACAUGCGCUGUUCAUCCUCUUAUUAUCGAGCAUUGGUCUAAAUGGCUGCCUUUCUUUCCGAGACCCGAGAUAAGAAUAUUCGAAAAUGAAGAUACUGGAAAGCGUCCUUUGGUGGUCAAUUUUCCAUUUCAAAGUUUUCCAGCCGAAAAACAUGCCGUGGAUCCCGAUAUCCACUACAUUCUCAGCUCCAAGACCAGAAUUCCAGAAAUGGGAGCACCUUGCCCUCGGUACAUGUCACGUGACAACUACACGCUACCUUGUAUGAUCAAAACUACUCAAGGGGUCGGGGGUAGGGGAGUGUUUCUUGCCCGAUCAAAAGAUCAAGCCCUAGAAGCUUUUCGUGAACUUAAAACGAAUUUCCAUUGUCAUGAACCAGUCAUCACUGAAGUCGUUGAGAACAUUAGCGACUUUUUGAAUGUCCAACUGUAUCUUUUUCAAAAUGGCGACGUUCACUGGUUGGGUGUUCGGCGAAAGAUGGCGGGAAAAUCGUUCUGCGAGCACGGUUUGGUCCCGGAUGUUGAUUGGAACGAGCAAGAGGACCUAAAAAAACUGGCUUGGGAUGUCGUCAAACCGGUAAUGAAAUACCUUAAUAAACAUGGCUACUUCGGUUUCACGGGAGUGGAAAUCUUAAUAAACAACCGAGGCAAGUUCUUAAUCGAUGUCAAUCUGAAGACUUCAGAUUCGACAUAUUUGUUGCUGUUAGCGCCUCAUAUUGCGGAGACUUUGAACUUUCCUGUUUCCAUUGUGUCUGAUCUUCUUCCAACAAGUAUUGACUCUAUGCUUGAAGAAAUAGACAAGUUGAAUUGUGAAGAUGAAGGCAGGGUGAUUGUACUGUCGGGGGAUGUGACAUCGUUCACAAAACCUAUCAAGUCUUGUAUUGUUGUGUUUGCCAAGGACAAAGAUACAGUAUUUCUGUUGCAUAGGAGGCUUAUUCGCUCGUGCGCAUCGCUGAUUUGUAAUGGUGCAGGUGAUCACGACCAAAAUCUGUUUUCAAAUGGAAGAGUUUUGCUAAAAUGAUAAACAUUGUUCUUUAGGAAACUGAAGAAGGGCAUGUGAUAUCUUCGAUUGUUACUCUUUUAGAAGGAGUAGCCAUUCUGGCACAAUUUGUCACACGGUUUAAUGUAACACAAUCGGCACAACGGGUUCACAAACAAAUAAAAAAAUAAAAUUCAAA